CCCAGGGCCAUUGUAAGCAGGAUUGUCUCUAUGUUAAAUGUUGGAAAAUAAACACCUGGUUGGUCUGCACUAUUUCUCUGCCUCAAGACUCCUCUGUAAACCAGCCGCUAAGGGCCAUCCUAACAAGUGGUGUCAGAAGCUGUGGCCGGAGUCACAAAGUGGAGUUGAGGAUGACGAAAGACAGAGAAAAGAGGAAGCAAGACCAACAGGUGGAGCCUGAUGAGGGAGCAAAAUCAUCUGCUGAUCAGGUGGGCGUGGCACCCAGCAACCCUGAGAAGAUUGAGGAGCUUGCAGAUUUGGUGAAAUCGCUCAUUGAGUCUCAAUCAGUGAGAGACCAACAGCUGGCAAAAGAAGCUGCUCGUCAAGACCAUAGAUGGAAAUCUAUGCAGCAUCAGUUUCAUCAAAUACAGCAACAAGUGUAUGAUCUGAGGCAAGAUUCUGGAGGUGACCAGCUACAGUCAGGAGCACUGCGGCCUCAAGAGGACAGAGAGGAUCCAGGAGAGGGGACAAGUCAACUGUCUUCGGAUGCUGGACCUGAGAGGGAUUUCAGCAUGCACAGAGAACCUAAGCUACAUCCUCUACUACCUGAUGAUGACAUCGAACAUUUCUUGACCACUUUUGAAAGAAUGGCCCAGGUUUGUCGAUGGCCAAGGGAAGAAUGGGCUAUCCGGCUAAUUCCCCUAUUGACUGGCAAGGCACGAAGUGCUUAUGUUCUGAUGGAUUUUGCAGACUCAGAAGACUAUGACAAAGUGAAGGCAGCCAUAUUGCAAAAGUAUGAGAUUACAGCUGAAACCUAUCGUCGGCGUUUCCGUUCUUUGGACAUUCUUCCUGGAGAGACUCCACAAGAACUGUAUGUGCGCCUCAAAGAAAUGUUUUUCAAGUGGGUUAAACCGGAAAAGGCAACAAUAAAAGAAAUUGCAGAGACAAUGAUCCUGGAACAGUUCCUGAGGAUGGUUAACCCUGAACUGGAGGUGUGGCUUCGUGAGCAUGACCCAAAGACAGCAGAAAAAGCAGCACAACUGGCUGAUGUCUUCACGGCAGCUAGACGAGGGACGAAACACCGCUCUUUUGGCCGAGACUCCAACUUUGCCCACAAAAGUAAGUCCUUUGGGGAUGAA